GAUCAAUCCAUCAACCAGCCAAGAGCAGCCAGCCAUUCCAAUCCAUCACACCAUCCACCAAGCUCAGCUCAGCUCAGCUACCACACUUGACUAGGUAGCAGCUAGUGAGAAAGAAAGAUCGUUGGAGCGCAAGAUGAGGGCGGCGGCGCUCGGCAUUGUGGCCAUGGCCUGCCUCGUGGCGGUGGCGCGGGGCGGCAACUUCAUCCAGGACUCCGAGAUGACCUGGGGGGACGGCCGCGGGAAGGUCGUCGACGGCGGCCGCGGGCUCGACCUCACGCUCGACAAGACCUCCGGCUCCGGCUUCCAGUCCAAGAGCGAGUACCUGUUCGGCAAGAUUGACAUGCAGAUCAAGCUCGUCCCCGGCAACUCCGCCGGCACCGUCACCACCUUCUACCUGUCGUCGCAGGGGACGGCGCACGACGAGAUCGACUUCGAGUUCCUGGGCAACGUGACCGGCGAGCCUUACACGCUGCACACCAACGUGUUCGCGCAGGGGCAGGGGCAGCGGGAGCAGCAGUUCCGCCUCUGGUUCGACCCCACCAAGGCCUUCCACACCUACUCCAUCAUCUGGAACCCGCAGCACGUCAUAUUCGCGGUGGACGGCACGGCGAUCAGGGACUUCAAGAACCACGAGGCGCGCGGCGUGUCGUUCCCCAAGAGCCAGCCGAUGCGGCUGUACGCGAGCCUGUGGAACGCCGACGACUGGGCCACGCAGGGCGGCCGGGUCAAGACCGACUGGAGCAAGGCGCCGUUCGUCGCCUCCUUCCGCAACUUCAACGCCGACGCCUGCGUCAUGUCGGGCGGCGCGCAGCGCUGCCCCGCGGGCACCAUGGAGGCCUCGGCCGCCGGCGCCAACGGCAGCGGCAGCUGGUGGAACCAGGAGCUGAGCGGCAUGGGGUACCGGCGCAUGCGGUGGGUGCAGAGGAAGUUCAUGAUCUACAACUACUGCACCGACCCCAAGCGGGUGGCGCAGGGCGUGCCCGCCGAGUGCAAGCUCCGCUGAUGAGAUCCCAGCUCCCGCAGCUCACAAGAACAACAACCCAGGAACCCGUCGGCCGUCUGAGAUGUGUCUGGUUUCGGCUUUCGAUCCGUGAGAACGAACGAAGGAAGGAAGGGAAAGUGCGCGCGCAUCGAAGCUCUGUGGGAUGGUGUAAAUGUAGUACCGUAGUAUGCAUAUCGCAUUCUUUCAUUUGUUUCGUUGUCACACGGGGUCGAUCCAUGUACUUAUGCAAGUUCUAUAAUUAGCCUGUUCCGUUUAGCCUUGAAAA